CUGGCUUUUAAUCUUUCCUUUGGUAAAGCUAAUGUUGAUUGCUGUUGCCCCUCAAACUAUACAGACUACUGCCUUUUAUCUCGUAAAUUGUUUAUUAUUAUUAUUAUUAUUAUUAUUAUUAUUAUUAGGCUAUUAUUAUUAUUAUUAGCCGAUGUGAAUCUUUUAAAUCUGUCCUUAUACUCGAAGACAUGAGGCAUCGAUCCGUUUAAGGAUUUUGUGCUAGCUUCUGCUUUCAAUUAGCUAUUUAACGUGCUCAAAUCAUAUCUUCGUUCACGCGAGCGAACCUGUGCAGCUAACAGAGCUGUCAGGAAACUAAAAGCAUAUGUAGGCUAAUUGGCUGGAACAAAAACCAGCACGCAAAUAGACCCUCCAGCACCGAGGUGUGCACACCUGCUCAAAGAGGUUAAACGUUCAUCGUUUAAUAGUUGAUGAUUAGUGCAGCUGGUUGCUGCUAAUUUAGCCACGCCGUUUCGCGAGUGUCGAACCGGCUAAGCGUCUAAUAGCUGCUGCCUGUUUGUUACAAGGCGACGUUCCUCGCGGUAGCCUACAGGUUAUUACGUCGCAGCGAGGCUUGGGAAUGUGCAUUCAAAUCCAGUUGAGAAUGAAAGUAAAAAUAAAUAACAUGUCGACUUAUUUUGACGUUACACCGUACGAAAUAAUGGUAGCCUUUUUGGUGACCCACAUCCCAGCAGAGUCAUAAACAAGUAGGCUAGCCUACUACUCAUCGAAACGACAGCGUAGAAAUAUGAGUCGUACUUGUACACUUUUUCGUGGUACAAAUUACAGAAAUAGAACCAGUCUGUAGCCUACUUUGAGAUUACGUUACAGAAACUUUUUUCCUGCCUCAAGGGACUGAAGACCGUCUACUGGCUAGUUAGCCUCUUUUCACCACUGGGUGAGCUCUGCAUAAUUCGGAGAAGAGGAGGAUGAAAUUCAAUGCAGCUCAGCUUGCCUUCCUGUCUGGAGGACCUUCCGGAAGCUAUGACAGAGAGGGGAGGCUCUGGGCGAAUCGGCUGGCCCCGGGCGAUGCAGGGAACCCUGAAGACGCUAAAGAGAGAUGGUGUCGGCUGAGAGGAAAUCUGCUCUUUCUGAUGAAAAAGCCCGGUCAGAGCUCUGAGGCGGUCGAGGUCUUCGUCCUGGAGAGAUGUUACGUGGUGCCGAGCAGCGACGGCGACGAUGCGGCAUUAGUCAUCAAGUUUGAGAGCAGGGACAGAGAUCUGUAUCUGCGAGCCCCCAGCCCCUCCGACUGCACGUCCUGGAUCUCCGCGCUUCGGCAGGCGAACUCGGAACGUCUGCGGAACAGAAUCCGACAGCUCAGGAGGCUCGUCAUGGAAAUAACCGGGAACGCCGAGACGGGGAGCCCGGAGAGAGAGGGAGCGGGAGCGGGCGCGGUUUUGGUUCCCAAGCUGCCGAAGGUGGAGUUCAGCCUCGCAUGCAGGGAGCUGUGCACCCCGGCACCGGAGAGGCACCUCAACGUGGUGGUGCACAUCUCCGUGGUGAACACGCAGGAGCUCAGCCUCGCAGCCUACUCCUGCACUGAGGUCGUGGAGGGAACGAGAGACCCACUGUUCCUGACCGGAGUGACCUUCCCCCCGGAGUACCCCCUCAGCGAAGACACGCGGGUCAAGCUGACGGUGUACGAUGUGAAAGACAAGUCCCCCGAAACGAGAGGCUUCCUGGGCUACUCAACCUUUUCUGUCGGCGACUUGCUGAAAUCAAAGGAACAGCAGCUAACCCUUAGCCUGAGAACCUCCGAUGGUGCGGACUCGGCAGGGGUAGUGGUGGUCAGCCGUCUGAGUAUGGGGGAGAUGGAGGACGGCGGGGUGGACCACGUCGCGGCAGACGCGCGGGGACAGACGUGCACGCUGGUGUGCGAGUCUCUACACGGCACCGCCAAUGACAAGGACAGCAGCCCUCUGGUGAACGCGGUGUUCAAGAACCCGGUGUGUAAAGUUUACAGAUUCCAGACGGUGGACUGCAAAUGGAUGCUGGUUCGAGAGCAGAUGGCCGAGUGCACGCUGUCCUUCAACAUCCCCAAGCAGCUCCUCACACUGUACAUACAGGAGGACAUGCGCAGGAUACAGGAGCUGAAGGAUCUGGGCGAGCUCUCCCCUCACUGGGAUCAUCUACGGAAGGAGGUGAUCGCUCACUACAGCCAGGUUAUCUGCGGCUACCAGGAAACCCUCACAGAGCUAAACAAGCUCACAGGGUCAUCUUUCAAGCCCAGCUGCAGUAAAUCAGAGAAAUAUUUAGAAUUCAUCCCCAUCAAUCUCCACACUCAGAGGAUGCAAGUUACCUGCCCCAAAAAAACAGACGCCUGCUAUGACGUGGUGACUGUGGGAGCCCCCGCCGCCCACUUUCAGGGGUUCAAGAGCGGAGGCCUGCAGAGACUGCUGAGCCGCUUCGAGGCCGAGAAGAAAAACUUCAGCACGGCGUACCAGUGCAUCUACUACUCCCCCGAGCACACGGCCAAGGCCCGGGAGGUGCUGAGCAGCGUAGCGCAGCUGCAGCCGCUCAUCUGCAUCCAGGCAGAUCAGCUGCUGCGGGCCGCCCAGCUGCGUUCCCCGGACCUCCUCAAGGGGGCGCUCAAGAGCCUGGCAGACAAGACGGAGCAGUUUGUUCACGCGCUGAAGGACGAGCUGGUGAAGAGCGCCCUGCUGGCUCUGCACACGGCCCGGCCCGGCUACGUCACCGAGGGCUCGCCCGCCGUCGGCAACAACACGCCCAAGAGCGCGGCCCGGCCCGGAGAGGACGGCCCCGCCCCCCUGACCCGCCAGGACUCCAUCCCGCACCACGCGGAGUACGACGAGGAGGAGUGGGACCGGGUGUGGGCUAACGUGGCAAAGAGUCUGAACUGCAUCAUCGCCAUGGUGGACCGGCUGCAGGAGCAUGACGACAACAACCAGGAGCCGCCCGCAGACCACACCCUCGCUGAUGUCAUCACCUCCUCGGACCACACCCUCGCUGAUGUCAUCACCUCGCACAGCCCUGGGGACUGGCAGGAACAGAUCUACCCCCUGGUGGUCACGUUGAAGGACUGCGUGACCGAAGUUGUGGAUCGCGCUACGAAGUCGAUGACGUUUGUUCUCUUGCAAGAGGCAGCAUGCAGUAUCCCGCAGGGCCUGUUUCUGAAGCAGAGGAGAGACGUGGUCUUCAGUCAGGGACUGGCCGCCCUGGCCUGUGGGUUCGUCAUGCGGCUGUACGCUGGGGUGGAGGACAAGGCCUUCCUGCAGCAGCUGCACCUCGUCGGGCUCGUAGCCCAGUUUGAGAGUCUCCUCAGCACCUACAGUGAAGAGAUCGGCAUGUUGGAAGAUAUGGAAGUUGGGAUUUCGGACUUGCAGAGAGUGUCGUUUAAGAUCACGGAGGCCAAGUCUGAUGACCCCGCAGAUCUCCAGCCCAUCGUCAGCGGGCGGAGGGAGUAUUACACAGUGGAGGUGCCGUUGCCAGGUGAGGUGUUUGGGGCCUUACCUGAGGAGCUGAAGGAAGGCAAGCCGUUGCAGGUGUACCCGGUGCUCUUUAAUGUGGGGAUAAACCAGCAGCAGACGCUCGCGGAGAGGUUUGGUGACAUUUCUUCACAGGAAAGGAUAAACCAGAAAAACUUUGAGAUUUUAGAAGCCUAUUACAAGUCCUUAAGUGAUAAACUCCCGCUGCAAUAUUUACCUUGUUUCCAAACUCAAACCGACUUGAAAGAAUUACUUGAAACUCUUGGGCAGAAUAUUAUGACCAAGAAACGAAAGAAUGUGGAGAUACUGUGGCUAGCUGGAACGAUCUGUCGCAGGCUGAACGGUAUCCGGUUCACCAGCUGUAAGAGUGCCAAAGACAGGACGUCCAUGUCUGUAACCCUGGAGCAGUGCGCACUCCUGCGAGACGAACACGAGCUCAACAAGGACUACUUCGUCCGAGCGCUGGACUGCAUGCGGAGAGAAGGAUGCCGGAUUGAGAACGUGCAAAAGAAUAUUAAGUGCAGGAAAUAUGCCUUCAACAUGCUUCAGCUGAUGGCUUUUCCCAAGUUCUACAGACCCCCGGAGGGCACCUACGGAAAGGUGGAUUCAUGAGAAGCGGAAAGAUUCGAAAGGAACAGACGCAUUUCCCCCACCAAGGAAAUGCAAGAGCGAACCGAUUCUGUGGCUGUGGAGUCGGCUGACACGUCUUCUGGAUCCAGCAAACUGAGUUUGUUUUUUGGAUUCAAACUUCUCACUGAGUCCUACAAAGUCCAGUGGUUUAAUAUUUUCAGCUAUGAGUUGGAAUUUGUAAAAAGAAAAAAAUGGAAUGUAGCUAAAAUUAUUUAAAGUAUUAAAUAAAAAAGUAAAAGUAUUUCCUUUCCUGGAUGCUAGUCGUAUAUACAGGCAUCACAGUCGAAUUCUUAAAAAGGUAAGACACUCGAGCUUUACUGUUCUGACGUGAGUGUUAGCCCACCCUGCGGCUGGGAGCGCUGGAGGUGCAGUGAAGGUGCUUUGCACAUUCCAGCGGGACACUGCUCAUUUAGUGGCUCAUCCAGUGACCGGAGCGUAAUCACAGGCAGGUCACACACCAUCGCGUUCAGCGCUGCGCUUCAUCGCUUCCAAAUACCUGCGUGUGUGUCCCGGUAAAGCGUGUAAAUAUAAGACUCUUAUAGAAAAGGAGUUGUCUUUGAACUCUUGUGCCAAGUGCAAGACCUCGCCUGCCAGUGAAACCCAAACCCACGCAGCAGAGCAGAGUCGUGCUGCUGUUUCCCCUCCUCUCACGCAGGACAGGAACUCUCAGCCAAAAAGCCCUCCAUUCGUCUGCACAGGACGUGGCGGUUCCUCGAGCUGGACCUGAACCUUCGAUCCUUCGUCUGCGCAGCCGUGUUCAGCAGGGAAAGAACAGCAGUGCCGGGCGCUGUGAAACAGCGCUUCUCUGCGGCAGAAACAGCGCUUCUCUGCGCAGAAACAGCGCUUCUCUGCGCAGAAACAGCGCUUCUCUGCGGCAGAAACAGCUCAUAGUCAUACAAAUGUUACGUCUGUCCCACUGGAGUGGUUAAAUGGUGCAUUGUGGGAGAAUUUCGAAAGUUGCUUCAAAUUUGCCAAAAUGAGUAAUUCUCAGUUAAUGUUCUGGAACUGCUAUUCUGGAACGCUCCAGGACUGGUUACGAUCCCGAUAAGAGUAUUUUAAUCUUCUCAAAAACACAGGAAGUGGGUAAUAUGGACUAAUUAUUUCCAUAUUCAAUUUCAUCACCAUGCUCAGGUAGGAAAAACAUUAAUGCAAACACACAUUUCCAAGUGUGUGUUUAACUUCUGUGUUUUUUCUUCUUUUUUAAAGUUCAUAUUUUAUUGCAUUUCCCACUUAUGUUUGAUAAUACUUAGCAUUUCCAUCAGAAUUCAGACUGCACUUCAAAAACAGACACUUUCGGCUUAGACCUAGAUGAUUCAAGUUUCUGAAAACAUUACUCCAAAGACUCCAAAAAUGUAAACCCCCCUCCUCUAUCACAGUAAAACUUUCAUGAUUUUAGUAAAUGUGUUAUUUCACUUUUUCUUGAGUUCAGGUAGCUUCUCAAACAGGUGAGCUCUGAAUGUUUUUUUGUUUGUUUUUUUUUGCAUGUUUUUGCUACAUUUGUAUUUGAGCACAUAUUUUGUAUGCAUUUUCACCAUCAUCAAAAGUCUGUUGUACAUACUGUUAAUAUUUUCUCAUGUGAAAUUAUGGAAACUUAUAAAAAUCUAUACUGUCCUAAGCAUGACUGAAAUGAUGUCUCGAUGAACAUUUUCAAUAAAAUAUAUCUGUGUUCCAGACA